CCGCCUCCUCGGGGUCGCCGGACUGGUCGGCACCUCCCAGAAGGCCCCGCGGGCGGGCGCGCGGAGCGCCGGGAAACUACAGCGGCCAGGAUUCUGCGCGCCCGUGGGGGCGGGGCUGCCCGGCGGCUGCGCCUGCGGACGGGAGAUGGCGGAGGCGCCGGGCUCGGGCCGCCGCUCGCGGUACAAAGCAGUGGGCUCGCUGUCGUGGAAGGAGGCUUUCCGGCAGGGAUGCCUGGAGAGAAUGAGAAACAGCCGGGACAGGCUCCUGAACAGAUACCGCCAGGCUGGAGGCAACAUGCCAAGGAGAGCUCAGAACCCCCUUCUGGUGCAGGAGGUGAUGGAAGAAGAGUGGAGCGCUCUGCGGGCCAGGGACAGCUGUCCAGAGGCCUUGACCCAGUUGGAGGAGCUGCUGGACCUGGCUGUGCUCGAGGAGAUCCAGCAGGAGCUGGCUGACCAAGAACGGCGACUCCUCAGCGAGUACGAGAAGAGCCUGCAGUUCGACGAGCACUGUCUCAGUGUCAUGCUGGCAGAGUGGGAGGCGAACCCACUCAUCUGUCCUGUGUGCGUGAGGUCCAACCUGAGAGUGUCAGGCGGCGUGGUCACGUGUCCGUGUGGCCUGUCCCUCUCCUCGCACUCUCCAGGAUUGACGGAGCAAAAGCUUCGAGCCUUCUUAGAGGACAGCAUCAAUGAGCACGGUGCAUGCUGUCCGCACACGCCUGAGUUCUCCGUCACGGACGGGACAGAAGAAAAGCCCAGUCUUCUCAUGAGCUGCGUGGCUUGCGACACGUGGGCUGUGAUUCUCUAGCGCCGACCUCCACUCCCCAUUCUUCUGGGACAGGGCUUUGUAAAUACCAGCCUUUAACUUAUAUCGGAUUUUGUACUGAAACUCUGCGCUCUCGGUGUGUUGGGACACAGGCUGGAGGAGAAGAAUAGCAAAAACAACGGAGGAAACCGCCCGAUUUUAUUGUCCAUUAUCACAUUAGACAAUCUCGGAGCAGGAGAGUUGUAGAGAUGCAAUAAACGAGGGUAAAUGAGACCGCAAA